UGUAGCAUCUACUCUUCGCCGAUAUUCGACCUGGUGAAGUGAAUCCUCUGUUUUACUCAAGAUUUCCUAUUAUAUAAGAGCUUCUUACUCACGAUGAGAGACACAAUGUCAGGGGGAUAAGACAAACACCAAAACAGAAACAGCAAGUUGGGUUUAAAACCGUUUUUCUUUCAUAAGUGAGUGGGCGUUUAGCCCUUAUUGGAAUCUGUGUUGGCGGCCAUGAUGAAUCCAAAGACAGGAGCGGCACAAGCGAUCCAAAAAUCACCCCGGAUUGGUGUGAUUCCUCAACAUGGACCAACUAAUGCCGAUCUUACUAGUAUAUUCGAGUGUCCUGUGUGUUUUGACUAUGUUCUACCGCCAAUUUUACAGUGUUCAAGCGGCCAUCUUGUGUGUUCAAACUGUAGACCGAAACUAACUUGUUGCCCAACAUGUCGAGGACCUUUGGGGAGUAUUCGGAAUCUAGCGAUGGAAAAAGUAGCGAACACGGUUUCAUUUCCUUGUAAAUACGCUAACUCUGGUUGCGAAGUGAAUUUACCCCACACAGAGAAAGCAGAGCACGAAGAAUCGUGCGAAUUUCGGCCAUAUUCUUGUCCAUGCCCCGGUGCUUCGUGUAAAUGGCAAGGUUCCUUGGACGCGGUGAUGCCGCAUUUGAUGCAUACACACAAAUCCAUAACAACACUACAAGGCGAAGACAUUGUAUUCCUUGCCACUGACAUUAACCUUCCUGGCGCCGUUGAUUGGGUAAUGAUGCAGUCGUGUUUUGGUCAUCACUUUAUGCUGGUUUUGGAAAAACAAGAGAAGUAUGAAGGUCACCAGCAAUUCUAUGCCAUAGUACAGCUGAUAGGGACCAGGAAGCAAGCAGAGAGUUUUAUUUAUAGACUAGAACUAAAUGGCAAUCGUCGCAGACUUGCCUGGGAGGCGACACCACGUAGCAUCCACGAGGGAAUUGCUUCUGCUAUUUUAAAUUCUGAUUGCUUGGUUUUCGAUGCAAAUAUUGCUCACCUUUUUGCAGAUAAUGGGAAUUUAGGGAUAAAUGUUACAAUUUCUAUGGUUAGUUAAUGCAUUAUGAGCAUUUCUUUUGUUUAACCCAAGAUUGCGAAUCAUUUUUCUCUUGUGAAAAAUAUUGGAAAUCACACUUUUCACAUACAUAAGAUAGGAAAUAGGGUCUUAUCUAAUAGGACAAAAAUUAUAUCUCCAAGCUAAAAAAUGAAAAUAGAUUUUUUUUCAUCAAUGCUUGGGGAUCAAAUAACUGUAUAUGCCCAUGUAUAAGAUGCUACCAUAUUUAAGAUGUACCCUGAUUUUAAAAGACUUUUUGUACGUAAAAGUGUUUUUAAUACAUGAGUAAAUACAGUUACAUAGAAGAUGUUGUCCAUUUUGUUAUAUCAAAGCAAGUCAUUCAGGUUCCUCAAGUUAUAACAUUUAAUCAAUGGCUAUCACCCUAUUUUUCCCCCUAAGUUAUACAGCAGAUUUGUUGUGUUUCCAAAACAAACACAUUUCAAACAGAAAGUGGUUAUGAUUGCCUCAAUAUUUCAUAGUUUUAUCUAAAGCCAACAAAAGUUUUAACUAAAGCUUGUAGUUUUCUUUAUAUACAGUGGCUUUAUGUUAUCCUUAUAGGUUUUAUACAAUGUUCCAGUAUCUGGUAAUGUAGCAAGUGCUUCCCUGUGUCUCUAUAAGGUUAUCUAUUAUUUCUGAAUAAAAUUAUUUAUUUAUUUGCUGCUAUUGCUAAUAUUAACUUUGUAUAGAGUACAUAACUUAAGAGCAUAUAUAUGUACAUAAUGGUUGCAUUUGCAACUAACAUAUAUGAUUAGUAAGAUAAAGCAAUAUAAUGAGAAGCUAUUGAAUAACUCUUUAAAAAGCAAGGCAAUUUAAUAAAGAAAAUAGAAGGUUCUCAAAAAGUAACAAACAGUAUACAUCUGUGUGAUAGUUUAGAAUGCAGAGUCGGAAUAACCGUAUUCAGUGUGUAUUUGAAAAAAACAACCAUUUAUCAAAUCUUUGGGAAAAUAUAUUGUGAGCUUUAGAUUUAUAAACAUGUGUACAUAGCAUAUUAUCAAAAUUGACUUUAAUAAAUGGAUGGUGAAUGCUA